AUGAAGAAGUUGAGAUGCUUUUCAUCUUCAACAUCCACCUUUGUCUUUGUUCAUAUACACCUUCUACUGAGUUCAUUCUUCCCUCAAACAAAAGGGUUUGACUCUGUCAUACAGCUUCCACAUUCAGCGUUGACCAGAUCUAAACGCGUUCUUUCUGUCAUUGAUUAUGGUGCCAAAGGGGAUGGUCUUCAUAAUGACACCAAGGCCUUCCUGGAGGCUUGGAAUGAUGCUUGUGCUCACUCUGGACGAAUGAAUGUUGUGUUUCCACCAGGGAAAACUUUUCUGGUCCAUCCAGUUAACAUUGCCGGGCAUUGUCGAUCUAAGAUAACUCUGACUAUCUUAGGUACAAUAGUAGCACCAAAAGAUCCUGCACUGUGGCACGGUUUAAAUCAGCGGAGAUGGCUUUACUUCCACGAGGUGAAUCACCUAACUGUUGAUGGUGGAGGAAGAAUCAAUGGAAUGGGACAGGAAUGGUGGGCCAAAUCAUGCAAAAUCAACUCCACAAAUCCAUGUCAACCUGCUCCAACGGCCAUCACUUUUCAUAAAUGCAAGAAUCUGAAAGUCAGAAACCUGAUGGUGUUGAAUAGCCAAAAAAUGCACAUGGCUUUCACCGGCUGCAUCCGGGUUGUUGCAUCCAAUCUUGAAGUACUAGCGCCUGCUUUCAGCCCCAAUACUGAUGGAGUCCACAUUAGUGCCACAAGGGGUAUUGAGAUCAAGGACAGCUUAAUAAGAACAGGAGAUGAUUGCAUCUCAAUAGUCAGAAAUUCUUCAAGGGUCAGAAUCAGCAACAUUUAUUGUGGUCCAGGCCAUGGCAUAAGUAUUGGUAGCUUGGGAAAAUCAAAAGCAUGGGAGAAGGUGCAAGAUGUAAAUGUCAAAGGAGCUUAUCUUUAUAACACUGAUAAUGGCGUGCGGAUCAAAACAUGGCAGGGUGGUGAUGGCUUUGUCUCCAAUAUCAAUUUCCAGAAUAUCUUGAUGGAAAAUGUGUCAAAUCCAAUAAUAAUAGACCAAUAUUACUGUGAUUCAAAAAUCCCAUGUAAGAAUCAGACUUCAGCUUUAAAAGUGGAGAGUAUAUCCUUCAUUGAUAUUCAAGGAACUUCAGCAACAGAGGAAGCAAUAAAAUUUGCUUGCAGCGAUACCUUUCCCUGUGAAGGACUAUAUCUAGAAAAUAUUUAUCUUAUACCAGGUUUUGGAGGAAAUACAAAAUCUUGCUGCUGGAAUGCUCAUGGUUCUACUAGGGGUUUUGUAUACCCUCCUGCCUGUUUUACUAGCGGCAGUGAUUUCAUUAGGCAAAAUGUCUGGCUAGAGAUGGACUCUGCUUUGGUUCCAUCUGAACAAACAUAUUCUAUUUAGAAAAAAAUUGUAUAUAAAUGCCGUAACAACGCAUAAUUUAUGGACAAUUGUCCAACUAGAAAGCAGAAAUAGUGAAUGCUGUAUAAAAUCCGCAUAAAUCCUUAUACUUUCUUUCAUCCGUUGUUGACUCAGUUCCCUUAUAAUGUAUUUUAUAUUUGUCAAAUUUCAAUAAUAUGUUUUAAGUCUCUAGUAGACUAUAAAUA